AUGAUGGGGAUCCGCCAGACUCUGCUCUCGGCGGUCCUCUUCGACGUACCCCCUGUCUGCUCGCCACUGGUGAGCGAGUUGAUCGCAGAUUACCAAACGGGUACUGGCCUACCCGAGCGUGCUCCUCCUCAUCGCGAUGCAUACAUCAUUGUUUUGCUUCCCGGGGAUUCGACAAUUGGGAAACAGCAUGAUCUGCUACUUCUCCCUCUAUCGCGGGCGGGGAAUCCGAUAGUCAGCGUGGUGGAUGUGGAAGGGAAGGUCUUGGAUAUGGACUGGGAGGCUCAGGAUUACUUCCGAAUACAGGAAAUGUGUAGAUUCCGCGUCUCGGAGCGUAGCAGGGUCAGUGCCCUGUGUGUGGUGUUUUCUCGGACUUGA